UUCACUAGCGUAAUACAGUGCCAAUUUUUCGUAUUAACGGUUUUAUAUCCUACACAUUGCGCAAUUUGCUGCAAGGACUAAUUUUUAUGUUACUGUUAGUUCCUACAAACGCGGCCCAAGUGAAUUCAUCAGCAGUACAAUCCCGUUUGACCAAUUGAAUGUUUUCAACUCUGUGCGUCGGAUCUAUUUUGCAAACACAGUACGCGUGCCAAAAUUCCUAUCUCUUAUUCCUAUGAAGCAAAGUCGCCAACAAAUUGCCAACGAAUAAUAUAAUAUGCAUCAUAACCUGGUACCAGUGUUUUUCAUCUGAUUGCGGCCCAAUUUUUUGAAUCAUUUUUAUGGAUUACAGUAAAUUAAAAUAAUGUAAACUAUAGUAACUACACGGAAUUGAGUUAUACCAACGGAAUUCAGCAUGAAAUGGAGUACAAACAUCGGAACGACGGCGUAGGGUUGUUCCAGUAUCGCAUACAGUAUUACAGAGACUACGAAGAAGGCACGCUGCAACCAGCGGACGAUAGUUGUAUCUAUUUGAAAGAGCUCGAUUACUACCAUACCAAAGCCAAAAUACCGUCCGACCACGCAAGAAGCAACCGGAAGCUGCCGCUAUGGUUCCCGGUCACAGAAAGCACAGCCGAUCGAACGACCGAUCAACAGAUUCCAACAGAUCUAAAGAACAGCCCUUCCAAAGAGAGGGUAAACAUGACUGUCAGUGCGUUUCCUGGAUCCGGGGCACUUGAAGCGUGGGGUCCGGAGAGAAAAGUUGUCAUCGACAAAACGGAAAAAUCUUCUUUCGGCUUCAGCAUCGUCGGUGGCAAGGUUAACGUGGGAGGCGAUGUCACAUCGGGAUUGUUCAUCAAAAGUAUCAUCCCCGACAGCCCGGCAGAGAAGGGUGGCAUGCUGAAGAUCGGAGACCGAAUACUGGCCGUAAAUGAAAACAGUUUGGAAAAUGCAUCUCACGAAAAAGCCGUCAAUUACAUUAAAUCUGCCGAUUCCCGGAUUGUUCUCGUCGUGCAAAGCCUAGAACGAACCACAAAUCCAAUGGUGUUGCAGAAGAAAAUUCCGCCCCCGGUUACGCCAGCCAAAACGCCAGAGGCAGAGUUCAUCCAGGAUGGGGCACCAAAACGGAACGCGACUGAAACCAGUGUAUUGCCACCCGAAGCAACCAAAACGCUUUCAGUUAAGCUCGAAAAGACACGUCAAGAUUCUUCAGACUCGGAAAAUUCUUCGGACGAAGAGGACGAUAGCAGGGAGAUGGAAGGCAAAACGGUCACGGCAGCCGGUGUUGAGAUCGAUCGUGCUUCGGCGGGCAACGCCAAGAUAACAGAAGAGGAUAACGAGGAAGAAGACGACUUCGGUUACACAAUGAAGAAGAUCAAGAAACGCUAUGCAAACCUGGGUGAAGUGGUUUGCUGUACGUUUAUGCGCGACACUAAUGAGUCGUGUGGGCUUUCACUGUGCGGCCAUCGGGAUCGCACCCGUAUGGCUUGCUUAAUUGCUGGCAUCAACCCGAAAGGGGCGGCAGCCGGUACCUCGCUAGUGGUAGGCGAUGAAGUCCUCGAGGUUAAUGGAACUGUUCUUCAUGGUCGGUGCCAUCUAAACUGUUCCGUCAUCAUCAAGAAUCUCGUCAGCCCGACGGUGAAAUUUAUUGUCCUGAGAAAAAAGGCAUCUCCCGACGACUUGGCCGUGAAGCCUGUUAAGCAUUUCCCUACCGAUUUCGAUUACACCGAUAAUAUAUUAGAGAAGUUUAAGGACGUUAAAACCAUCACUGUUAAGAAGGGAACAUCCAGCCUUGGCAUUAUGAUAAUUGAGGGCAAACAUUCUAUCGCCGGUCAAGGAAUAUUCAUUUCUGACAUCCAGGAAGGAUCGACCGCUGAAAAGAGCGGACUGAAGAUCGGUGAUAUGCUCCUCGCAGUGAAUCGAGACUCACUGCUAGGCUGCAACUACGAGACGGCGGCCGGAUUGUUGAAGAAGGCCGAAGGUGUGGUAACGUUGAAGAUAUGCAACCCGAACGAGAAAAAGGACACGGAUAAGAAACCGAACGGUGAGGCGGCGGGAGCCACACCAAACAAGAAGGCACUUGAUGGAGGGCCAGCCGGGCCAGAGAAGCUUUCAACGAGCCGAGCUAGCACACCGCACGGUGGAAAACCGGAACCGUCUCCGACGAAGGAAGUAGUCGAUCCACUGAAGGCAUCAAUUAACGAUAACGAAUUUACACUAAUCGAAAUUCCGACCGAGGGCAAACCACUGGGCAUCGUCGUGGCCGGUGGCAGUGAUUCGCUCGUGAAGUCUGGUGCCGCUAUCAUGGACAUCCUGCCACAGAGCGUGGUCGAGAAGGACAAUCGUUUGAAAGUGUUUGACCAAAUCGUCGAAAUCAAUGGGUUCAAGGUCAACAACAGUGUCACUAGCGAGGCCAUACGCCGUGCGGUGAAACAACUCCAUCCGAAGGUGCGUAUGGUCGUCUACCGGGCUGAUCCACCGCAGACGGACACCGUCGAAGUAGAUCUAAUGAAAAAAUCGGGCAAAAAUCUUGGGCUCACCUUUCGGGCUGGCAAUCCCAAGGGAGUUGUCAUUACAGGACUGGUUCCCGGAGGUUCGGCCGAGUUUGAUGGCCGCAUUCAACUGGGAGACAUUGUUUCGCAAAUCAACGGCGAGACCCUGGAGGGAGGCGGUAUCGAACAGUGUGCCUCGCUGCUGAAGACGGCACAAGGCAAGGUGGGUCUACGUAUAGUGAGGCCAAAGCUAAAGGAACGAUCUGUUUAAUCUGCGGUUGUAAGGGUACCCACUCCGUAUAGCAAACGAUUCAAUCAGCACGAGGUACAUGGUCAAUGGAAUUGUACAUAGAAUUGAGUGCUUGCAAAACUGUGCUCACCAAUCACCCGUACACUAUUCGUAUUUUAGCCCAAUAAAUAUUCUGUUAUAGUUAUAGAAUA